UUGGUAUUGCAAUGAAAAUUAGUUUGGUAUGGUCCAUAUAUAUUGUUAGUUUUAUUACCUGCGAAGCUUUACCUGAUAUUAUAAGAAUUGGUGGAUUAUUUCAUUCAAUAGAUAAUAAACAAGAAAUAGCUUUUCGAUAUGCUGUUGAAAAAAUUAAUGGAAAUAGAAAUAUCUUACCAAAAUCAAGAUUGAGUGCACAAAUAGAAGAAAUUACCCCUCAAGAUAGUUUUCAUGCAUCGAAACGAGUGUGUCAUUUAUUAAAAACUGGCAUAGCAGCCAUCUUUGGACCACAAAAUGCUCAUACAGCUUCUCAUGUGCAAAGCAUUUGUGAUACAAUGGAGAUACCGCAUUUAGAAACUAGAUGGGAUUUCAGAUUAAAAAGAGAAGGAUGUCUUGUUAAUUUAUAUCCACAUCCUUCUACGUUAUCAAAAGCAUAUGUACAUUUGGUUAAAUCAUUGGGAUGGAAAAGUUUUACGAUUAUUUAUGAAACUAAUGAAGGUUUGGUCCGUUUACAAGAAUUAUUAAAAGCGCAUGGUCCUACCGAUUAUCCAAUCACUAUUAAACAACUUGGAGAAGAUUCUAAAAUUGGACAUGGUUAUAGGCCUUUAUUAAAACAAAUUAAGAAUUCCGCCGAAUCACAUAUAGUUUUAGAUUGUUCAACAGAUAAAAUUUAUUCUGUUUUAAAACAAGCUCAAGAAAUAGGAAUGAUGACUGAUUACCAUAGUUAUUUCAUUACAUCAUUGGAUCUUCAUGCAAUUGAUUUAAGUGAAUUUAAACAUGGUGGAACUAAUAUUACUGCUUUUAGAAUUGUAAAUCCUGAAAAAACACAAAUUGUUGUACGAGAUUGGAUAAUUGGUGAAGAGAGGUAUUCUCGUAAGUUAGAAAUAGAACAAAAUGAGGACAAUCAUACUUUUAUUAAGACUGAAACCGCUCUAAUGUAUGACGCGGUUCAUCUAUUUGCACGAGCAUUGCAUGUUUUAGAUGCAUCGCAACAAAUCGAAAUUAAACCACUUUCUUGUGAUUUGACUGACACGUGGGACCAUGGAUACUCACUGAUUAACUACAUGAAAAAU